AUGCAUAAACACCUCCAUUUGCUAUCAAUUGUUGUCGCUGUUUGUACAGCUUUUUCCUUGAUAAAUGAAGUUGAUGGAGACUACUUGAUUGGAGUAGGGAGCUACGAUAUGACAGGUCCUGCUGCUGGGGUUAACAUGAUGGGCUAUGCUAAUAUGGAGCAGAGCACAGCCGGCAUCCAUUUCCGACUAAGAGCGAGAACUUUCAUUGUUGCUGAAAGUUCCCAAGGUGCAAGGUUUGCUUUUGUUAAUCUUGAUGCAGGCAUGGCAUCACAGCUUGUCACUAUAAAAGUGCUUCAGAGACUCAAAACAAGGUUUGGAGAUUUGUAUACACAAGAAAAUGUGGCGAUCAGUGGCACUCAUACUCAUGCUGGGACUGCUGGUUACUUGCAGUACGUGAUUUACUCUAUUACUUCUCUAGGGUUUGUCAACCAAUCAUUCGAUGCAAUUGUCAAGGCAAUUGAGCAAAGCAUUGUCCAGGCUCACAACAACCUCAAGCCUGGCUCAAUCUUCUUGAACACAGGGGACGUGGAGAAUGCGGGAAUCAACAGGAGCCCAAGUGCGUACCUGUUCAACCCACCAGAAGAGAGGGCUAGAUAUUCCAGCGACGUCGAUACAACAAUGACCCUGUUGAAGUUUUGGGAUCCUGAGAGCAAAAAGAGCAUAGGUGCAUUCAGCUGGUUCGCCACGCAUGGAACGUCCAUGAGCCGAGACAACAAGCUCAUCAGCGGAGACAACAAGGGCGCUGCUGCCAGGUUCUUCGAAGACUGGUUUACUUUUGGCAACAAAUCCCUCUCUACUCCAAUAACCAAGUCUUCUGCCAAGCCAGUAGAAACCAGCACGUUAAUAAAGAAAGCUCAAACAAUCAAGGCCACGGGAGGAAAGCCCUGUGGGAAAACAACCAGCCAAGGCUUCAAGGUGAGGAAGAACGAUGGGUCCGGAUUUGUGGGAGCAUUCUGCCAAUCAAAUGUUGGAGAUGUGACACCAAAUGUGCUAGGAGCAUUUUGCACAGACACUGGGAAGCCUUGUGAUUUCAAUCGCUCCUCUUGUAACGGCGAUGACCAGCUUUGCGUUGGCCGUGGCCCUGGAUACCCAGACGAAAUAUUGAGCACAAAGAUAAUAGGAGAGAGGCAAUUCCAAAAGGCCGCGGAGCUAUUCAAUUCUGCUUCUAACCAGUUGAGUGGAAAAAUUGAUUAUCGCCAUACGUAUCUAAACUUCACUAACAUUGAAGUGGAAUUGGAUGACAAUACUGUAGUAAAGACUUGUCCGGCAGCUCUUGGACCGGGUUUUGCUGCUGGGACUACAGAUGGGCCUGGAAUGUUUGGUUUUCAACAAGGCGACACAGAGAUCAAUGAGAUGUGGAAAAGGUUAAGGGAUAUCUUGAAAGAGCCCAGCCGAUAUCAGGUGGAUUGCCAAAAGCCCAAGCCUGUUUUGCUUAGCACCGGCGAAAUGCUUGUUCCUUAUGCCUGGGCGCCCGCAAUUCUUCCAAUUCAAAUGCUGAGGCUGGGAAAUUUUGUUAUCGUAUCUGUGCCUGGAGAGUUUACGACUAUGGCUGGUCGGCGACUGAGGGAAGCAGUUAAAGAGACAUUGAUAAGUAAUGGAAAUGGAGAUUUUAAUGAUAAGACACAUGUUGUAAUAGCAGGGCUUACAAACACGUAUUCUCAAUAUGUAGCAACUUUUGAGGAGUACAAGCAGCAGCGGUACGAGGCUGCUUCAACACUUUAUGGUCCUCAUACAUUAUCAGCUUAUAUCCAAGAGUUUAAGAAACUGGCAAAAGCAAUGGCUACAGGGGAACAGCUCGGUGGGACAGACUUGUUACCGCCGGAUCUUUCCUCUGUUCAACUCAGCUACUUACUAGACCCUGUAGGAGACUCACCGCCUCCUGGCAAAAAAUUUGGUGACAUUAAUCAAGAUGCUGCCCAGCCAAAAGGCCGUUCUUUCACGAAGGGAGAUAAACCAAGUGCUAUAUUUUGGAGCGCGAACCCAAGAUAUGACCUGUUGAUUGAGGGCACAUUUGCAGUAGUAGAGAUGCUUCAAGGUGAGAGGUGGAUUCCAGUUUAUGAUGACGACGAUUUUUGCUUGUAUUUCAAGUGGAAAUUAGAUAACAUCACUUUUUAUGGUUUAGCAACCAUUGAAUGGGAAGUCCCAGAGGAGGCUGCCUCCGGGGUUUAUCGGCUCAGGCACUUUGGGUCAUCUAAGAAAACCAAGGACUCUCCAAACGAGUACUUUACAGGAGCAUCUAGUGCAUUCACAGUGUCAUGAAGACCACCAGUGUGCAGAA